GGAACACCAGUCUCUGGAACCUCCUCGACCUGUAUCGAGACAACGUUUCCACGUGAGGAAAGCUAUUUCUGCUCCGUUUCCAUUUCGUUCGCUUCAACAGUUUCAUGCGCUCGUAGCCGCGAGGCAUCAUCAGGCUGGUUUCCAUUUAACAUACUGUGCGAGGAAGCCGGUGGUAUCGACGGAUUGCUGCGACUCUGGGCGAAUCGACAGUCGAAUCCGAGAGAGCAACACCGAAGGUCUUGGUGGAUUAAAUUAAUCUUGCAAACCGGUCGGACGAGAACUGAUUCUCUAUCGGACGAUUCAGCUAAGUGUCGAAGUGAAACCACGUUGUCGUGGGCGUGAACGGGAGAGGAAACGACCAAGAGGGUGAGGUAGAAGAUACGUAGAAAUAUAACGAAGGCAGAGUGGAAGAGGAGACGAAAAGGGAACACCGGCGUGCAAGUGGACGGUGGGGCAGCACUGUGACUAUGUAAACUACUAGCAAAUACCAGCGCCUGCGCAUAGCCAACGAUCCGUAGCAACAACGUUUAUAAAGGUAGAUAGCAACGUGAUAGAGAGAUCGGGGACUAUUACACGAUCAGGUAGAUCGAGGGAAGAAAGGUUAGCGACAAGUCGAGCAAGAAACAUCGGAGUUCUGUGCUUUCCUUCGAGCCAAGACAAAGAAGCACGCAAACUGGCUCCGGAGGUGAGGAUCAAGCAAAUUGGAAUGAGGGAGGACCUGUUGUCCAUAAUACGGCACACGAGCAGCGACCAUUUUUCGGAAGAACUAUAGCCAAAGAGUGAACGGCAGAAGAGAGAAAAAGAGAAGUUGCGAUAGAAGACAGUUUUCGAGUAUUUCGUAUAAAUAGAGGGCUCUUGCUCGCUGGAUAUUUCAAGCAAAAGCGUUGCCAGCAUCGCUUUCAUACUUCCCAUCGUUGGAUCUCUGCUCUCCGUUUACCUGCUGCUCUAUACAUUGUUCCUGCUGGGAAACCGAGGACCCUACCGGAUAGUUUCUCGUCGGGUUAUGCCCUGGGUCGCCGCACCUUUUGACCUGCUGGCGGCUCCGAUUCUGGGUUACUGUCUGGCCGUGAGCAAACUCGCACUGCAAGCCGGCAUCUUCGAAGAAGAAAGCAUCGAUCGCGACACAGCAGCUAACGCAUCCAACACGUCGAGUAAACAGAAGGAGACCUCAUUGAGCGCUCACACCAUGGCUCCGAGUGCCGAGGAACAGCGCCAAGAACCCGGCAAGGACAAAAUGGUGAGGGCGCCGGGAAUAACGAAAUCGCCGCGCAAAUUCGCAGGGGUUGUGAUCGCCAUGUGCGGCCUUCCAGCCCGUGGAAAAAGCCAAGUGGCUCAAUGCCUUUCGCGCAGGCUCAACUGGAAUGGCGAUUCCACUAAAGUGAUGAAGGUGAGCGACUAUCGGAGAAAAAGAGUGCAGCCAUACGGAGAGGCGGUGUCGCACGAGCUGUUUCGUCCGGAUCACACGGCGAACGCAACAUUGAGAGCCCUGGCCCAACGAGACGCGAUGCACGACUGCGCCGCGUGGCUCGCAGGCGGGAAUUCCGUAGCUAUCCUGGACGCCACGCUGGUGACACGAGCGCAGCGCGCCGAGGUCUUCGACUAUUUUUCCGGGCAACUCGGUUAUCGCGUCCUUUUCAUCGAGUGCGUCUGCGAAGAUUCGGUCCUGCUGGAGAGAAAUUACAAGGAGAUAUUGCGGUACAGCGACGACUACGCUGACAUGGACCCGAUACAGGCCGAAGAGGACCUACGGCUCAAGGUAGCCCACUACGUUCGAUCCUACGAGCCGAUGGACGAAAAGACGUAUCCUCGAAUUCGUAUCGACACUGGCAGCAUGGACAUCGAGACUUGCAAGGUGUCCGGCCACAUAGAGUCCAGCGUGCUGGGAUAUCUAGGAAGCGUCACGAUUAAGCCGCAUACUCUUUAUUUCUCACGGCACGGUGAAAGCGAGUACAACGUGUUGGGUAAGGUCGGCGGCGACGCGGUGUUGAGCCCAAGAGGCGAGAGAUACGCUCAAGCAUUGGCUUCAAAGUUCAACGCAAUGCGUAUUCCUGAUCUGCGCGUGUUGACCAGUCGCCUUCGAAGAACUAUCGCGACUGCACGUGGCGUCGAGGCGCCACAGGAACACGUGGCAGCACUCAACGAGCUCUACGCUGGAGUCUGCGAGGGUCUUUCUUACGAGGAAAUGCAAGAACAUUACCCGCAGGAAUUUGCGUGGCGCGAUCAGGACAAGCUAUGCUAUCGCUAUCCAUGGGGAGAAAGCUACAUAGACGCGAUGCAACGCGUAGACCCGGUGAUCGCCGAGCUACAGAGGUCCAACAACAUCCUGGUGGUCUCCCACCAAGCUAUACUGCGUUGCAUCAUCGGCUACUUCAUGGACAAGAAGCCGAAGGAGCUGCCCUACAUGGAGGUGCCGUUGCACACCAUCAUCAGAGUCAGCAGUCAGGGCUACAAUUACAAGCUGGAGUUUUUUAAGCUACCCAUCGAGUGCGUGAACACGACUCGAGUGAAGCCAAAAAACUGUAGCCCCGACAGAACCGCGGAUGACGCUCUGAUCACGGUCCCACCGCAUUUCGACAUCCCUGAUCCCUGGAGAAAUCCUGGCAGCGGACCUACUCUCGUGCAGCAACACUGAGGAUCGCUCAGCGAUCCGCGAUAACGUCCAGAACUCGGCUUUUCUCGCGAGAGAUUCUUUAUCCGUCAGAUUUUCUUCGUCUACCCUGUUUUCAUUGGCAGCAACCAUGUAUCCUGCUGCUGGAGCCCUCUAUACGUUACGUUUAAGCAGUUUAGUUAUCGUUAGGAAUUAUAGGCAGUUUAAACGAUGUUGUAUUAGUUAUAAUAUAUCGUAGGCGUAGAUCAUACGACACGUAUUUUAAUUUCUACUGUAUUUGUAUCGUAAUAAUGGAAAAGACAGCUGCUCGGGCCACGAUUUCACAUCCGAUCGUCAAUCCGGAUUAUCGUGGCCUCGCGUACACGCAUCACCGUUCAUGCUCCGUUCGAAAGAUUAUCGAGCUUCGUAACCAAUAUCUCGAACGUUUAAAUCUCUUUCCUCGUUCGAAUCCGUCUGUGUCGAUGUUCACACGAAUCUAAGCUCUGACGAGUCUCCCUUCGCGCAGGAAAUUUAUCAAAUCGACGAUUGACACGAUUUAAUAAGCCAAUCGUGUCAUCUUUCUCCAGAUGUCCCUACUCUUUCGUGGCGUUCGCAUAACGAUUUUGUAGUGAGACAGUGAUCGCAGCUAGAGACGUAGCGGAUAGCAAAUUAGAUAGCGACCCAAAGCUUUCGCCAGUCUACGCUGAGCAGGCUUAACUUUGCAUGAACAUUUCACGCGUGGAUGUUAUUUGUCUUAGAGAAUUUUAAACUCGCGAGGUGCACUAGGAGGCACUAAUUUUUAACAAUGUGGACGCGAAACACGACUUUUGUAUCGUUAUUCUAAUUUGAGAACUGUAACGACGGAUACAGAAAUGACGUUUUCGACGGAAGUGCACGUUCGCGCACAGAAUCGACGGUGUAUGCGAGGAACUGUCAACGUUGCGUUGUCUUUCAAGAAACUUCAAAGCAGCAUUCGAGCAAAGAUAUUUUUCUCUACGACAAAACUGCGAGAAACAAUCGAUUGGGGCUGUUAGAAACAAAAGAUUGACGUUGCUAUUCGAGAGACGCGUUCUUCCGUCGAUAUAUCGCGUUUCGAUUAGGGUUAGGUCUAACUAUCGCGAAUCGUACAAGUGCACAGAAUGCUUCGUUAGGCAUAUCGUGGAAAUCUUCGAGAAUCUGCCAGAAAUUUUCGAAGAUUCGCGAAUGCGGAGUGCGAAUUGAGGAAGAAAUAAGCUGCACUGUGGUCUACUUAUUAAGAAACGGCAGGACAGGGAGGAAAUUUAUUUUUCAUAGAACGUCGAACGUGUCUCUGUGGUCAGCAACAUUGUUUCUCUUUGAUUUUCGCGAAGCAAACGACAACAGUCAUCUAGUCGAUCAAUUGGCGAACAUUUUGACAUUAUUUUCUUUAUUAUUUUGCUACGACAAACGGAAUGAAAGAUUAAGGAGCGUUAUUAGAUGUUUAAGUCGUAUUGUAGAUACUUCUCAAGUCUUUUGUUUGUUUUUUUUUAAUUGUACAUUACGAAUAAA